AUGCGAGAAGCGAAAAGUACAAUUGUGAAGGUGUAUAUUUACCCUUUAUAUUUGCAUACCUCUGUCCGUAUCAGUGGAUACCACGAUGGGGAGGCGGGGGGGUGCUGGGCGGGGGAGCCCCCCGUGUCCUGCGACAGCUGCCAGGAGGCGCCGGCCGUGCAGACCUGCCUGACCUGCACCGCGUCCUUCUGCGCCGAGCACCUGCGGCCGCACCGCGACAGCCCCGCCUUCCGCGACCACCAGCUCUGCCCGCCCCUGCGGGACCUGCAGCAGCGCAAGUGCCCCCAGCACAACCGGCUCUUUGAGUUCUUCUGCAGCCAGCACGGCGUCUGCAUCUGCUCCCUCUGCCUGCUCGGGCACAAGACGUGCCCCACCAGCCCCUUGGAGCAGGCGAAAGCCGCUGCCCAGUCGGUGCUGAAGAAAAAACUGGUGGAGCUGCAUAACCAGAGUGAAAGAACUGCCCGGGCAAUGAGCACGGUGAAAACAAACCAGAACCAGUCUGCUGAGACAGCUUCAAGAAAGAAGGAAUUGAUCAGAAAUGAGUUUUCAGAAAUUAAAGCUUUAAUUGAAGAAAGAGAAAAUGAGAUCAUGAAAGCAAUUACGGAGGAAGAAAAGAGAGUUUGGAAUAAAUUUGAUUAUAUUUAUAGUGUUCUGGGAAAUAAGAAGAAAGAAGUUCUGUCUCUCAAAGAUCAGAUUGAGAUGGCACUGACUGAAAGUGAUGACGUUCUAUUUUUGAAGAGAGCAGCAGCACUGCAACGAACAUCAACAAAAGAGGCUUUUGUUCCUGUAGUUGAAAUGGACCAAAAUGUGAUGCAUUCCACUUACCAGUCUGCCAUUAUCCUCAAAGACAUAGUGAAAGUUUCAUUGAUUCAGAGUAGGGAGAAAAAAGAAGAAGCCAAACCUGUGAAAAUUAAGGCCCCUCCAGCAGCUCAUCCAAACAAACCUCCUGUUGGAAAAAAGGCUUGUGGACCUCACCAGGUGCACAAAGAGAAAACCAGUACCCAGGCUCAAACCACUUUGCAGGUGAACACAGAUACCAAAGAGAAAAAGAAAGCUGCUAAAGUUGCAGUAACCACUACACCAACCACCACAUCUGCUGCUGCUGCUAAAGAGCUCAUUGACAGCUUCCUGAAGAAACCCAGAGAGGAGCUUCUGCAGUAUGCUGCCAACAUCACUCUGGAUUACAACACAGCUCACAGCACGGUGGUUUUGGCUGAGAACUACACCAGGAUGUCCAUCUCGGACACCUUCACAGGUCACAAGUACCACCCUCAGCGCUUCACCGAUUACCGCCAGGUGCUGGGCUUCCAGUGCUUCAAGAGAGGCAUCCACUACUGGGAGGUGCAGCUGCAGCAGGGCAGCUUCUGUGGCAUCGGGGUGUGCUACGGCAGCAUGGAGCGGCAGGGCCCCGACAGCCGCCUGGGCAGGAACAGCAAGUCCUGGUGCAUCGAGUGGCUCAACUCCAAAAUAUCAUCCUGGCACAACGACGUGGAAAAGUCCCUGCCCAACACAAAGGCUACCAAGAUUGGGGUGCUGCUGCACUGCGAUGGGGGGUUUGUGAUUUUCACAGCGGUGGGGGAGAAGCAUAACUUGAUCUAUAAAUUCAAAGCUCAGUUCACUGAAGCCUUGUACCCAGCCUUCUGGCUGUUUUCCAGUGAUGCUGUUCUCUCUCUCUGUCACAUGAAAGACUAAGAUCUUGUAUCUCAGUUUAGUUCAUUUAAUAAUCUGUCUCAAUGAUUGAUUGCUUGAUACAAAAGUUAUCAUCUCUUUUAAGCAGUUUAGGAAAUCUGUUAAUUCUUUGGUCUGAAUUGCUAAAGCCUUUAGAUAGUGAUUUUGCAAAAUGUUGGUGAUAGUAAAAACUACAGUAGUUUGCAAAGGUCUUGAUUGCCCUAAAAUCAAGUGGUAAAUGUGGCCCCUGUGGCUUCUGUGGUUUCCUUUAAAGGAGCAACAGAAUUAAUGUGUUCUGUGGGUAGCAAUAACCCCUUUGAGAAAGAAACAGGAAGAAUUCCGUGACAAAUUCAGGCUUUGAUGGAGGUCUCACUGUUGCCCUUUUGCCUGUGAAGACUGUUGUCCAUACAGGUGUUCUCGGUCUAUGACUCUACCAGGUGCUACAGAAAGAGCUGUUAAACCCCUAAGUUCAGCUCUUAUGGCUCUGAGUUAUAAAAGCCAAUAGGACAGAUCUCAUCAAAUGGAACUGCAGAGACUUUUAGAAUUGAUGGGAAAGAAAUUAUAUUAGAAUCACCAGGAAACAAAUUACAUUAACCCAGACUUGGGGAAUAUAGCAGAGUUGUCAGGAAGACAGAGCAGAGCAGUGCUGUGCAUCCUGUGAUGAAGAUUUUGGGAUGAAGCAUUCUGUGUCAUGUGACCCAGAGCAUGCUUCACAUCUUCACGCUGAAGGCUCUUCAGUGCUGGGGUUUUGUGUGUGCUGAGGAGUUCAGGGGGUGCAUUCCUGUUCUCAGGGUCUCCCCUCAUAAAGCUUUUCCUCUUUAUGAGGUGGGAUAUUCUCUGCUGGUUUAUCUUUUGUUGUUCAGGUGGUAGAAACUGGAUUUCUUUCAUGUUUUUGAGACUCCAGUUUGAGGAGUCUCAAGUCAGAGUGCAAGUAUCUGGAAAAUGCUGUUCCUUUCUGCAUGAGGUCUGUGGGCAGACAGGGUGAGUCUUGACAUACAGAGGAUUAGCACAAAGGAGAAUAUGCAUCCAUUCCUCCUGGGAUGGAUUUUUAAUUCUCCUGUUGUUCUUUGAGUUGUGGUAUGUCUUCAGAAGCUCUCACCAGGUACAGAGAAAUCUGUACUUCUUACUUAUAACUUUAAAACAAUCUGUAGGCAAUCAAGGUAUUUGGAUCUCAUAGUUCUUGGUCCUGUAUCUUGUUGGUGCCUCUGGACUUAGUGUGCCAGUUCUUACUUCUUGUAGCCCAUGGGAAACUCAGACGAGACCUGUCCUGGACUUUGAUUUGUAAAACUCCCCUUACAGGACUUGGUGAAAUAGAACACAAAGCCACUGCUGGCAAUUUGGCAGGGAAUUGUUAAAAGGCUGAAAAGAACCUCUGUGACUACAUUCCACAUUAGCCAAAGUGCUUUGGAGAGAGGCUUUCAGGAAUUCAGGCUUGGUGUCUCUAUUUUUACUCGGUUUGUAAACCCUUAGUACUUUGUCAAGGGUAGCACUGGUCUCAUUUAUUCCAAUUUUUUGGUCAGAAUAGGAUAUGGAAUUGAUGGUGGAUCUAAAAGUGCCAUGGCUGUUUUUGGAGCAGUUCUACCCUCUCAAGGGUCUUCACUUCCCAAAGCACAGUCAGCACUAAAACUCCCAGCCUGAGCAGAGCUCUGCAAAAGGUGCAGAAGGUGGCUGUGCUCUGCUGGGAGACAACAGUGGAUGACAAACUGGGUUUUCUGCUCUUCCAGUUUUUCAGCAGUGAAAGAUAAGAGCAAUUCCCUCUGAAAAAUCCUUUUGCUGCUUGGCUGUGCCGCAGGGCUGCAGAUGCACUCAGCAGGGUGCUGAAGGAGUGCUCUGUCCCCUGGACUGUGGGCAAAAACUUGCUCCAGCAGUCUGUGCAGUGGAGAAAGUCCCCAUCCUCUGUUCCUUGCUUCUUGACUUUAAAGAGGUGUCAGUACUGCCCUCUGAGUCUAUGGGCUUCUGUGGCCAUAGUCUGGAGGGACACCCAGACAAAGUAAAGAGCAGCUUUUAUUCUGCCUGACUGGACAAAGUGGGAUUCUUGACAUGGGACAUGGGUGUAGGACCAAGCACGUGGAACACAGGAGGUGCCCUGCAUUACCAGGCAGUGAAACAAGCCUUCUGCUGGGCCCCUGAGCCUGUGUUUUGCUUUUCUUUUGUGCUAUGAGUGACUACAAGUCAUAGAGUGAAGUUCUGUUAAUUUGGAAUUCACAGAAUCACGGAAUAUUCUGAAUUGGAAGGGACUCACAAGGAUCACUGAGUCCAGCUCUUAAGUGAAUGAUUCGUAUGGGGAUGGAAAUGGUGACCUUGGCAUUACUAGGACCAAUCUGUGGCUUCUGAGAAAUGUUGUUUUGGUUAGCUUCAGGUAUCUUGCAUAUAUUGGAACAUUAAUGUGAUAUAACUAUUAUAACCAAUUAGUGUGUUUAGGAAAAAUCCUAGUUACUGCAUGAUAAAUUUAAAUCAUUUAAAUGAUCAUUUUAAAACCUUUUCAACACAACUGAAGUGGUUUUACUUGGGCAGUACUUGUCAGAGCUGCACUGGUUUUAAACAAGACAUAUAAAGGAGCAUAUUUUUAAAUUGUAAUUCUCUUUUUAGUAUUACAAAUAAAGCAAAUUAUUCUAGAAAAAGAACUAAUUCUGGUGUUAACACCGCAAAGAUGUGCAUUGAUUUGCAUUUUAACAUAAAAGUGAGAGUAAAUAAAAAAAAAGUUGCCAAAUGAAAAUAAAUGAAUGUUUAAUCUUCAAUUAAAGACAUCAGUAAAACAGUGUAUUUUGGGAAAGGAAUGCUUAUGUAGUUAUAAACCUGUUGAUUAUACUGAUAUAUCAACCCUGUACUUCAGUCUGUAUGAGGUGUGUUAUUGUCCACACAGGCAGGGCCACCACCAUGGAUUUGGAUCUGCUCCAUGUGCUUGUGGUGGCUGGUGAAUGGUGAUGGUUUAAAUUCAAUAAACACUCACAGGAAACCCUGA